AUGGACCCAGACGACUCAGUCGACCUCUUCCUCAACCAGUCGUUCAAGCUCCACAAAACGAACCAGCUCCUCCCGCUGCUCUCUCCCCAUCAGCUCGAGUACCUCAAAGUCAACCUUGCACAACACCUCUACGACGACUACUGUGCUAGUAUACGCCACCAGGAGCUCAUUCCACGCUACCACUCCAUCCAGGAUGUGUACAACCACCUUAAAGUGUCACAGGGCCUGCAGAAUGCCCAGUACCAGAUACAAUAUGUGGUGAUACGAUGUGGGACACUUCUCCCCAAACAGAUUCUUAUCUUCAUCAACAGUGGCCAGAACAGUGCCAGCUACAACACAGUGGUGCUCAAACGUAUCACAAGCUACAAUGACGCGUAUUUGUUGUCAUUGUUGGAGAAUAUGGUGGGUUUGGAGGUGCCUAUGGUGAUUCGUGAGUACCGGCUCCAAGACAGGCACAUCUUGGACAUCACCAACCAGCUCUUGACUGGACUCGUGGCACGCCACGAGCAGCGUGUUCCUGGGCGUACCUCAGGUGUUUUGGAGCUGGCAGUUGGAGAUAUCGAGAUCACCUACGGGAUCUCAGACAAGGCCAUCAACAAGAACCUCCGCGACAUCACCGUGACGGUGCCCAGCACCGAUCUCGACAAGUUCCAGGACGGUCCCGUGGUUUCUGAGAUCCAUGCGUUCAUUCUCCGGACAACCACCUUGAAUCUCGAAAAUUUGGGCAUCGUGAAGUUUGGCUCUGCAUUGAUCUCGUUGACGGUGGAUGGACGUGUCAGGAUUGGAGGCGACAGAUUGCCGGACAACAUCAAGCGUGAAAGUGUGUGGGGGGUGAUGGAGAGCUUCAUGGCACCGAUUUCGGGCUCAGAAACGGCUUCGUGA